GGCGAGUCCACCAUCUUUCCGCUCCUCUUUUCGGAACAGUCGGUCUUCCAAUAUCCCAGAUUACAACGCGGCGCCUCUAGCGACGCUCUCCGUCCGACUCCUCUGCGUUCCACUCAGCAGCCGGCCGCCAUGUUGUUCUAGUUUUACGCUCCGCGGCGGGUGAUCGGUGCUGGGCGAGAGGAUCUGCCGGCGUGAGGGUCUCCCGGCGUCGGGAGAAGGCAGGGAGGUUGCGGGCUUUUCGCACCGCGACCUGGCGAGAUCGGACGCCAUGGCAGCCGCCUUGGGAGGAGCAGGAGCAGGAGCAGAGGAUGACUUUGAUUGUCAUAAACCUGGUGCAGAAAGAUCUUGGAGAAGGAGAACUGGAGAUGAUGAUUGGGAUAGUGAAUUGGAUGAUGACUUACUAGGAGAAGAUUUGUUGACUGGCAAAAAGACUCAGUCUGAUAUGUCAGAUGAAGAACUGAAUGAUGAUCUCCUGCAAAGUGAUAAUGAAGAGGAUCAGCAUUACAGUUCUCAAGAUGUCACUGUGAAUAUUAAUACUGCACCUAGCGUGAUGACAUCCUUUGAGCUCGCUGUCAAUGCUAAUGACACAUCUAUUGAACAAGACUUAGAGUAUGAACAAGGUGAAGAUGAAAUUGGUUAUGACAAAUCAGAUAUUCCUGAAGAGUAUGCAGAAGAGUAUUCAGAAGAACAGUAUGAAGGCCAAGAGGUUGAGCUGACAGAAGACCAAAUAGAAUAUGGGGAAGAUCAGGGUGAAGAAGAGAAUUACAAUGAUGAAGUGCUGGAUCUUGAAAUCAAUGAACCUCUAGAUGAAUUCCCGGAUGAAGAUUAUGUACAAUCUUAUAGUGGAGCACAAGUAAUUGAACAACAAGAAUAUAUAACUGAAGAAGAGUUAGAAGAGGUUGCUGAUACCCAGUCACCUCCAUAUGAGUCAGAAGAGGUAGUUCUUGAAAAUCUGGAGUUUCAACAAGAGCCCAAAGAAGAAUCAGAUGAAGAGGAGGAAGAUAAUGAAGAGUCUGGUCGGUUACGGUUCAAAACUGAACGGAAAGAAGGAACAAUUAUUAGGCUAUCGGAUAUAACAAGGGAGCGAAGAAACAUUCCAGAAACUUUGGAACUUUCUGCAGAAGCCAAAGCAGCAUUACUUGAAUUUGAAGAACGGGAAAGACAGCUAAAACAAGGGCGGUAUGGGUCCCGAAGAGGAGGAAGACGAGGAGGGUUAUUGAUGUAUCAUGGGCUGGGAGAACAAAGAAGAGACAUCAUUGAAAGAGGAAGAAUGAAGGAUCACCGGUCUGCUUUACUGCCGACUCAGACAGCUAUGAUGACACAUUCAGACAGGAUAUUUCAUCAUCCCAUCCGGAAUCUUUUCCAGCAGCAGCAACAAUCACAGCAACAGCUACAGGGUCUGCUCCCUCUCCCCACUCCGCUUCGCCCACCCCCCCCUCCCCCUCCAGGACUCCAUAUGCCAUCCCAAGUAGACGGCCCAAGAAUGCUGAUGUCUCCUCCUUCAGUGGCAUCCCAACAGCCAAAAAACAUACACAUAAAUCCACACUUCAAAGGAACUGUAGUAACACCUGUUCAAGUGCCCUUGCUGCCAGUCCCAACCCAGCCAAGACCUGCUGCAGGACCCCAGAGAUUUCCUGGCCCUCCAGAUUUCCAACCAAAUGCUCCUGGACCUGUUCCUAGCAAUUUCAACCCAGCCCCACGACUUCCACUCCAAGAUCAGUGGCGAGGACCUCCGCCCCCUCUUCCGCCCCCACCUCCACAAGACAGAGAACCUUUCUUCAUGGGAGAGCCGAGAUUUCCCGGCCAUCCCUUGUUUGAACAGCGGAGCCCACCGCCACCGCCACCCUCCCUUCUUAACAGCACGCACUCUGUGCCUAGCCAAAAUCAGCUCCCAUUCAGUCCGUCUGGACCUGGUUUCAGCCAGCAAGGGCAGCAACCCCUGUUUCCAAGAGAAAGGCUGGUAAGGCCAAGUCUGCAGCCUCAGGGCCCCGUGGGAAUCCUUCACUUCAGCCAGCCUGGAGCAACCAACGCACGGCCUUUUCUUCCCCCACGGCAGUCCUUCCUACAGCUCCCAGGACAGCCGUUCCUAGCCCCCCUCACCCAAGCUGGCAUGCAGGGCCCUUUGCACCCUCCUUUGCAGCCACAGCCACCACCACAGCUUCCACAGCCGUCCCAACCAUCCCAGCCUCACCACCAGCCGCACCAGUCUAACCAGCAGCAGCACCACCUGCUGCCUGUGCCUCCCCAGCCUCUGAUUCCGGCGGCCCCAUCCCAGUUCAGGCCACGCCUACAGACUUCACAGCCAAGCGGUAACCGGAUGCCAUACCAGCAACGGCAAAGUCUGGUAAAGGCCAGGCAUAACACACCAACACAAAGCAUUGUAAAACGUCCAAACCAGCAGCCCCAGUCAUCUACUUCAAGGAAUAGUAAUUUGCGUGAAUUGCCAAUAGCACCUUUGCAUGCGAUUGAGACUGCUAACAAUCAACGAACUUCAACUCCUGUUCAAGAGAAGCCGGUUUCUAGCACUACAGUUGCUAUGAAACCUCUUACAGUUGUCAAGAACCAACUGGGAAAGGUGGAGUCCAAGCCUAAAACAGCUACUCCCGCGACUCAGCCUAAAGUGGAGGUCAAAUCUGAAUCAGAGUUUCCCGAUGAAGAUGAAGAAACCAGACAGUACCGUUUGAAGAUUGAAGAACAGAAACGCCUGAGAGAAGAGAUCUUGAAACAAAAGGAGCUCAGACGGCAGCUUCAAGCUGGGGCCCGAAAAAGAGAAUUGCUGGAAAGGCUGGCGCAGCAGCAGCAGCAACCACAAGGCUCUGCAGGCCAACAGGAGGAGGAAGACUCUUCACAGCUGCCUACCAAUGGAAGCCCAUCGCUUUGUCUUCCUGGUGCACAGUCCCGCCAAAAUGUGAAAUAUAGACUAAUGGUUAAAAAACAAGAGCCAGUCAUUCCAGGUUUCCCGACUGUUCUCCCUAAGCCUGCAAAUGCUCUCCAGGCUGGAGACGGCGCACAGUUUCAAGGACAGCAAAUAAAAACCGUAAAGCAACUACGGCAGACUAGGACAGUGCCUGAAAACGAGCUCCAGCCAUCCUACAAAGCUUUGCAAGUGACGUCUCCUGCCGCUGCGCAAGUGAACCUGCCCCCAAUUAGUCGGGUGGCUUUGUUGCAAGGCCAGCCUCAGGAGGUGAAGCCUGGGAUGAAAAGAACUGUCAUGCAGCGGGCAAACAGCGGGAGUGGCGAUGGGCCCCACAUCGGCACCAAAGUCAGGGUGAUAAAAUUAUCAGGAGGGGGUGGUGAGAACACUGGCUUUUCUCAUUCGGAAGAAUCUGCUAACCGGCUUCCGCAGCCAUCGGAGCAGAAACAUCAGCCAAUGCGGAAGGUCACACUGACAAAGGGGACAGUACAGCAACCACAUCUGCCUCAUCAGCACCUUCUGUCACAGAUUCAUUCUACGUUUCCUCAAGGACUAAAAAAUAUCCCAGGGAUACAUCAAGUGAAAAAGGGUAUUCUGCAUGGGAGAGGCAGGGGGAUCGUGAGCCAGAUGGGCCGAGGCCGCUUAAUGACAAGUAAGCCGAAUCUGCGGGUGGUGGAGUGCAAACCUCAGCCCUGUGUGGUGUCAGUGGAAGGGCUUUCUUCAUCCACCACGGACAUUCAGCUGAAGAACCUGCUCAUGUCAGUAGGACCCAUCCAGCACCUGUAUUUGGAAUCCCAAAAGCAGAACCUGGUAAAAGUUUACAGAUGUUGCCUCAACAACGAAAGGCCAUUGCAAAAUUUAAAGAGCCCGCUGAUGCUUUAAAAUUCCAGCAGAAGUUUCACAGGCACAUGAUAGAUCUUUCCCAUAUCAACGUUGCACUGAUAGUGGAGUGACCACUCGGCAUAAGUUGUCUUAAAAUACAGGAGGUCAUGGAAGAAGUCAGAAGGGUAGAAUCUCCCUGUAAUUUCUGGUGCCAGCUUUGCAGACUCCUUCUGAAACUUCAAAGUUACUCUGUGACAGCUGCUGACGACAACCACAACCUUACUACAAAUGGAAGUUGGAUUACAAGAGUGAAAACUAUCUGUAUGGAACAUACAGAACUACAGAUCUCAUAUGUGAAUAGUAUACACGGAUAUUUUUAGGCAAUAUGCUGUGUGAUCACAAUGUCUUGGAUCAAAAGAACUUUGACUCUUGAAAAUAAUUUUUGUAAAGUUUUCUUCUUAGAAAAGAAUAUUUGAUAAUGGUUGCCCUUAUCUUCAGUGUGGGAUGUUGAAAUCAGAAUGCACCCAUAAUCUACUGUUUGUAGCUAAGCAUAUAGAUGCCUAUAAUACAGAAUAAAUGUUGAGCCAUAUAAUUUAAUGGAUUUUAAAAAUAGUUAAGGGAUGUUAAAUGUAAUUGUUGCACAUAAAGUAUACCUCUCAGUAUUCCUAACAUUUCUUACUAACCCUAUUUUGGACAAAUUGUCUCCCCAGUUGAUGUCCUUACCUAAGAAGGAUGCUCGUGUUCAGGUUCCAAAGUCUUGGAGUAGCAGGUCUUUCAGCCUUCUCUCUUUCUUAGAGGGCUUGUAUGGCCAGGAAAUCACUAGGGGUUGCUAGUAUGAGAAAGUUACAUAUUCAGGAAGAGCAGGUCCAUUUUUCUUAGGCUUUUGGGGAAGUGAGUUACUGGUGUUGAGCUUCUUAUUUUAAUUAUUUUUGGCAGUAGAGUCUGCCAAAUCGCACUCAUAGUGCUAUUCCCACACCGUCUGGUGAAUUCUGAAGACAUUUCCUCUCAGAUUUUAUUUUACACUAAAUAAACUUUCCUUCAGAAAAAGACACUUUACGGCACCAUUCCCUGCUUCCUUUGAUUUGUGAGAAUUCCUUUUAUUAGAAAUCUUAGACAUCUACUCAAUGUUUAUACACUUCAGGCCAAUAAGCAUAGAACAAAUAAGGAUUAUAAGUUACUUUUAAAAAUAGUUAAGGGAUGUUCUUUCAGGACUGCAGGUCAUGUGACAUUGGGAAGUAGUGAUGUUCCUUUUCUAAGUAUUCAGAAACAUUCUGUAAAAACAAAAAGGCUUUUAAAGCUGCGUUCUUGGUUAAGAACAUGUGGGAAUCAGCAAUAAAGAUAUAAAAACACAUCAUCUUUUAAAGACAAAGCUAUUUUUUUUCCUACUGGUAAUACUUACAGCUAUAGCAUUUUGGUAUAGUGUAGGGUGUGAAGAUAUUUUAAGAUAUUUUAGACAUUUUAAUGGUAGUAAAAAACAUCUUCAUCUUUGCGAAGUAUAGCUUAAAUUUGACUAUACAAGAGAGGUCUUUAUUAUUUACAGCUCUAAAUUUAAGUUUGUUUUUUAAAAAAACACUUGGGAUUUUAAUUGAUCCCAGGCUAGUUUUUCUGUGCUUAGAAUUGUGUUAAAAACACAAUUCAGAGGAGAGAGAGAGAGUGGGAGGGAGAGAUAGAGGAAGUAUUAUAUCUUUGUCCAUCCCAGGAUAUGAUAUCAUUUUUCCACAAAGAUUGCUAUUUAGGAUUUAUCAUUUAAAGUAGUGUGUGUUUUUUUUUUUAAAAAAUGUCUUCACCACAUAGCUCAGAUACAGCUUAAAUGCAACAAUGCCUGCCAGAGAGGGAAUUUUAUAAUGCCCAACCUCCAGGGAAGUUUUCAUUUCUUAUGUCAACAGAUCUUUGAUUAGGCUGGAUGACCUUCAAAACAGUUUAGGGUAUUUUGAGGACAGUGUUUAAUGCAUUUAAGGCGUACAGCUUGGGGAAUCUUCUGUGGUGCUGCAUUUAAAAUAAUGGUGUGGACUUUCGUAUGUUUUGUUUAAGGCCCAUCUCAUACACAUAAUAAUGGCAAGUGUCUUGUGGGGGUAUAAUAAGCUCACCAUCUUGGUAGAGGGGAAUUCUCUGGGAUAAGGGGAAGAGGAGGAGGAGGAGGAAGAAGAAGAAGAAGAAGUGAUUUUUUUUUCUCUGUCUUCGUAGUAAGCAGAAGGAAAUCUGUCCUAUUGUUUAUGGGCAUCAGAUCUCUCACUUGAAUUGUCUAUAGAUACUACAAUACCUCAACUGAUUAAUACUAAAUUAGUACUGAGUUUGACAUGAUCACAGUAACAUUGGUCCCUAAUUUUGAUAUGCCUUCCACAAAAGCUAAUCACCGUAAGAAUAGGAGAGAGCCUGUUCUUUCCACAAUGCUUCCUGAACUAUCUCCACAUCUUUGGUAGAAGAUCUGUUGCAACCAUUAUCUUGUUCUUUCUUUAUCAUGUGUUAUUUUAAAGAUGCAAAAUGCAGCCACAGCAUUUAAUAUAUUGUGUAAAUACAAGACUUUAAAACAAAUUUAAAUGAAGCUGUUCACAUAUUACUAAUUUAGUUACACAAAAGCUUAUUUGGUGGGAUGGGGAGGAAUGCAGUUGUGUUGUUUUAUCAGAGUUGAAUGAAAAUGGUUCCAUGUUGCUGUUAUUAUUGCUAUUAUUAUUUGUGUAACUCUUCUGUUUUUAUAAAGAUGCCAGUUAAGUCAA